CUUUUUCUCUGGUUCUCGUCGUUCGUGCUCAAGUGCCAUGGAUUUGAAGGGAAGGGUGGUGAUUUUCUCUCUUCCUACGUGUGGCUACUGUCGUCGAGCCAAGGCCAAACUGCUGGACCUUGGCAUACCGUACUACGACAUAAACGUUCAGAAAUAUCCAGAAAAAGCGCAGAAGAUGCGAGACCAGACGGGACGGAAGACAGUGCCACAGAUAUUUUUCAAUGCAAUUCAUGUCGGAGGUUGGGACGAGCUACAAAAGCUUAUAGAUGAAGGACAGCUGGAUGAAUUGCUACGCGAGGUCGAGAUGAACGAGCCUCCUGAGGAUGCUCCUCAGCCAAUACCGUCGGAUGAGGAUGACGAUGACGAGGAUAUGAGUAACGAUUUGUCAGAGUUGUCAUGUGAACCGGAUGAGUAUGCUCUCCUUGUUAGAGAAGUAAAGAACAGCAGACUUGUGAAAGAUCACAGAUACCAUUUGAGAUCAUAUAAGAGCUGUUUUGUGGGUCAAGAAUUAGUGGACUGGCUGGUGAAAAACAAGAAUAUGAAUCGCAGUGAAGCAACUGAGAUGGGUCGAGAAUUAAUGAAACGUAAUUUCUGUCACCAUGUAGCAGAUGACCACGAGUUCAAGGAUGAGUAUCUGUUUUAUCGAUUUGUUGAAGACAAGAGAAGGAGUGCACUCAAUAUGUCAUAUGUAACUGACUGUGAACCUCAUGGUGCAAAUGUCAUUUCUGAACAUCUUCGUCACUUGAUUCUGCAGCUGUAUGCUGACCAUUUGUCACAGGAUGGGAAAGCAGUUGACUACGAAGGAAUGGGAAGGAAUCCCAAGUUUGCUAGUUAUGUAAAAGCUACAGCACAACUCCAACGUGUGGAUGUCAACAGUUUAUCUCGAGAAGAGAAGAUUGCUUUCUUUAUCAACAUCUACAAUGCUCUAGUAAUCCAUGCUAAUGUUGCUCGUGGCCCACCUACUAACAUCUGGCAGAGAUACAAGUUCUUUAACUACACAUCAUACAUUAUUGGUGGUUAUCUGUAUUGUCUACAAGAUAUUGAGAAUGGAGUUUUGAGGGCUAACAGACGAGGAAUAGCACAGUUUCGUCGUCCAUUUGGGUCUAAAGAUCCAAGAAGGAAAAUAGCAUUAAAUCGCCACGAGCCAAGGAUUCACUUUGCUCUUGUUUGUGGAGCAAAGAGUUGUCCACCCAUAAAGACAUACAGCGCACAGAAUGUGGAUGCUGAACUGCAACUAGCCACUGAAGCAUUUCUUGAUGGCGAAGGCUGUGUGAUAGACAUGGAAAAGAAAGAGGUUAGUCUCUCAAUGAUACUGAAAUGGUACAAAGUUGACUUUGGGGCAAAUACUGAAGAGCUUUUGAAAUGGAUUGCUGCUCACACAUCACCGGGUGGGAAAAACCGAGCCUAUUUACUACAGUUGAUUCAAGAAAAGUCGUACAAGGUUACAUAUCAGCCAUACAACUGGGAUCUCAACUCGUCUUGAUAGAUAACCGACUGUGGAACUUUAAAUGAUACAAUCGACAUGAAAAUGUAUGCAUUAUUAUUAUCAAUUGCAAUCUUGUGGAAUGUCUUAAUUAAUUUUAAGCGAAAGAAUGGAAUGAUCUUGA